GGGUUUGGUUGCGCGAGGGCUGCAGUUUCAGUUUGUUUUAUUCACCAUUUUGAGUAGCUGAAGGUACUAAAAAAGAGAAAAUUUUAAUUAAAGCCUAUUUAGCUAUAGGCUUUUACAGAUUUACACAAGGGAGAGGAGAGAAGAGAGGGGGGUCGGUUUAAUUAUUAUUUUAUUAUUUUAUUUUUUCCUCUCUCUCUUUAUAAGAGACGUCGCAUUCAGGUUGCCCGUUUGCUGAAAACCCCCCUCCUUUUUUUGCUUUUUAUUUUCUAGAUUUUUUUUGUGUUGCUCGUUUAGCCGCCGAUCUGAGGGAGCUCCACUACGUUCCUCCUGCGAAAAAGGCUUUAAAACAAUGUCGAGACCAGUGAGGAACCGGAAGGUGGUGAAUUAUUCACAGUUCAAUGAAUCUGAUGAUGGAGAGGACUACGAGAGAAGCUCCGAAAAGCCCAAGAAGGUGCGUGCAGCCCCCCGUGAAAUCAAGCACAAGAAGACCAAGAAUUCCAAGGAAGAGAGCGAGGACUCAGACGAAAAGCUGUCCAAAUCCAAAAAUGAUUCAGCCGAUGAUUUUGGUAGUGAUGAAGACAAUGACUUUGGAGGAGAGGAGAAAGAGGACGGUGGAAGCGAUUACGAAGCUAAGAAGGGGAAAAAGGGAAAGAAAAGCAAGCCGGAGAAACCUGGCAAAAGAUCACUGAAGAGGAAACGAGAUUCUGACGAGAGUGACGAGGACAAGGAGGUGAGCAGGAAGCCGAGGCAGGUGAGGCAAGCUGCCUCUAAGGCUGCAUCCAAACAGAGAGAGAUCCUGCUGGGAGGAGGAAGUGAGGAUGAGGAGAAGGACGAAGAGGAGCCGGCCUUCGUGGACCAAGAAUCCGGCAGUGAUGAAGACUUCAUGGUGGAUGAUGACGAUGACAGUGACUAUGGCCGUUCCAAAAAGAAGGGCAAGAAGAUCGCCCCGAGAGGGAGGAAAGUGGAGAAGAAGGAGAAGAAGUCCCCCAAACCCAGGCUAAAGGCUACAGUCACCCCAAGUCCAAUGAAGGGCAAGGGAAAGGGUCGCCCGAGCGCGGCUAAGGCCCUGGAGAAAUCCUCGCCCAAAGAGGAGGAGGAGCCCGAGAGCCCGGUGGAGGACGAAGAGGAGGACGAGGUGGAGAAGAAGGACUCUCCGCCCCCCGCCAAGAAGAAGGAGGACGCCCCUGAGGAGGAGGAAGAGGAGGAGGAGGAGGACGGUUCAGAAGAAGAUGCUCCAUCUGGGGAAGACUAGCCAGGCUCUGAAUGGCAGCUCCCCUCCCCAUCUGCAUCUCACUUUUCUCUCUCUCUUCUCUGACUUCCCCCUCUUUCUCUCUCUCUGUCUCUCUCUACCUCUCCCUCUCUCUUUCUUUCAUCAUUCUUUCAUUCUAUCUCUCUCUUGUUAUCUCUUCUCCCCUCUUCUUCUUUCUCUCUCUUGCUUUGUUUCUCUUCUGAGGGUUUUGUUUUCAGAGUCUGUGGUGACCUGGCUCAAUGGUUUGAACUAUUGGAUUGAUUUUAAUUUUUUUUUUUUUUUGGUUUGUUUUAUUGUUCUUUUUUUAUUUUUUUUAACCUAUAAAUUCCAUAUCACAAACCGCAUUGUCCCAGGACGCGUUAGACUUAACGGCAUGUAUGUAAUUGCAGGAGAAUGUGACUGAACUGAACUGGUUUUAUUUAUCCGUAUAAAGCUAUGAAGAUCCCCCCCCCCUUAUGUUUUAGCUGAUCUACUUGCGUUUAAGAUGAUGGAUCGCUGCUUUAGACGGUUAUUUCGCCGACGGUUACAAUUCUUUUAUGUUUUUCUUUUAAACUACAUCCCUUUUCUACAGCUCAGCUUUAUUGGGGUCUCUCCCCACAAUUCACUACAGUGAAAUUCUCAGCUUUGGUUUUGGAGUACCCACAGGAUCCACAGGAUGGCAGGAGUGUUUUCCUUGAGUUUACCAUUAAAGGGGAAAAACUACCACUUUACUACAUCAACCACUGACACUCGAAUUUAAAUUUCUGCUGAUUUUAGUUGUUGAAAUAGAAAUAGAAAGAAAGUCAUUCAGAGUGAGUUAAAUUAUUUGUGAAAUUGUUCACUUUAGGGAAAAGUUUCAGCUCAUUUCUUUACAAGGUGCUGGUGGUUCAGUUAUACAGCUCUGGAAAAAAUAAGAGAUCACUUCAGUUUCUUAAUCAGUUUCUCUGAUUUUGCUAUUUAUAGGUUUAUGUUUGAGUAAAAUGAACAUUUAUUUUAUUCUAUAAACUACAGAAAACAUUUUUCACAAAUUCCAAAUAAACAUAUUGUCAUUUAAAGCAUCUAUUUGCAGAAAAUGAGAAAUGGCAUAAUUAACAAAAAAUAUGCAAAGCUUUCAGACCUCAAAUAAUGCAAAACAAGAAAACAAGUUCAUAUUCAUAAGAUUUUUAGAGUUCAGAAAUCAAUAUUUGAGUUUUCAUGCAUCUUGGCAUCAUGUUCUCCUCCACCAGUCUUGCACACUGCUUUUGGAUAACUUUAUGCCUUUAUCUUACUCUUUAUUACAUUCCAGAGGUUUUCGAUUCGGUGAAAUCAAAGAUCUGAGCUGUAUAUUAAUGUAGUCAUUUUUUCCCAUCCUUAUUGACCAGCCAACCUAACCUCCUAUACACACUUCUUUUUUUUUUCUUUUUUUGGUAUGUUUCCAGUUUUAUAUGUCAUGUUAAUAAUAGUAAUAUAAUAUCGUAAAUCUAGAAAAAGGACAAAAAAACUAACAAAACAAAAGCUUUCUUUAGGGAAAUAUGUUUUUCUUCCUUUUUAUGAUUUUUAAAACUAGCAUACAAAAAAAAAAAACGAUGUCUCAGUCAAUCAAGCAGUAUAUCCUCUUUAUAUUUUUCUCUUUAUUCCAUGUAGUAUAUUAUCUGUAUAAAAUCUGUGGGGGAGCUUUCUUUUAAAAACUUUACAAAAUACAUCUUACUUUCAUCUGACCUUUUUCUCUAUGGAACAGAACCUUUUGCAUAAUUUCACAACCAUUCUGAAUGACUUUUUUUUUUCUUAACAGCAGUGUUACCAUGUGAUCUUUCCUGAGUUGGUGGUGAUUAAGUUGACGUUGGUGGUGUUAUUCCCCUUUAACGCAGGUAGAUUGUAGAUUCGUAGGGAAAAAGACAGCAUUAGGAAACACUGGUGAGGCUUAUUUGUGAGUCGGUUGUGAAGUGACCCCUGGAGGACUAGCAGUUAUUAUAUUUAAACAUAAAUGGCAUGACAAUGUAAGGAAAUUUGUGUUUGGUAGUUCUGUUGUGUUUGUUGCAAUGCUUCUUGGCUGUAAAUCAUAUACAGUUGGAAAACCUGUUAAUUCCCAUUUUUAAAUGGAGCCACAUUUGUAAGGAACUUGCAUUUGUGAGCUGGGCAGCAGAGCUGAGUAGUAUUUGAUUUGCACCCAUGAAAAAAAACAAAAAUCGUCAAAUCUUCUCUGCCAAUGCCAAACAGCUCAUUUUGCUGUUGCUAAUGACACUUGUUCUGAGCUUCUGGUACCCCUGCUUGGAAGCGUCUGUGAGCAUGGGCUCUGCUACAGUGGUCAGUAGGUGUCUGCUUCAAAAAUUGGCAUCGCACAACUUGGACAAGCUGGUGUUUUGGGGGGGUGGGGGUUGCGACAUUAUUUGGAUUGAGCCCUGGUACCAGCAUUUUCAAACUGCUGAAGGCUCUAAAUUCCUUAUAAUGAGGGAUGUCAGAGACUCAACAAGAAGACGACACUCGAAGAUGAUCACCAAGCGAUUAAAUGAAUAAUCGGAGAAUAAUCAUCUGUUUGGCAUUGGCAGAGAAGAUUUGGCUCUUUUUUUGCUGUUAAUCCUAUAAAAGCAUGUUCCUUACAAAUGUGGAUUUAUUUAAAAGAGUAAUUAGCUAAUUAGAAGUCUUUCCAACAGGUAUAAGAUUUAUUUCCAAAAAAAAAAAUACAACAAAUGUAUCAAACCAAAUCUACUGAACACAAAUAACCUUACUUUUUGUUUGCUAUAUGCGCGCACACUAUCUUUUUUUUUUAAUUAUUAUUAUUAAUUCUUAGCUUUAUUUUUUGUUUUAUAUCUAUUUUUUAUUUUUUUUUUUUUUUUUUAAAUCUUGAUCAGGAUAUGAUCAAUGACCGACAGCAUUUCCUCCGUCAGUGACCCGGAUUCCCACAGUGAAAUGUAAAAUAUUCAUGUUUUUUUUUAUUUUCCACUUUAUUGUAGUAUCAGCUGCCAAUCAGCUGCCUGUAUCUGAUUGAUUGAUUGAUGUUAGGAAAGCAGCAGGCCUGGAUUUCAUGCUGGGUCUCUUUGUUUUUUAGUUUUUUCACGGUUUUUAUCAUUGCCUGUGGUGUUGAGGUCGUUUUUUUGGCAAGGUACUGUCGACAGCUUUGGCCAUCUCGUCCCUCCUCGACACGAGUUUUAUUUUUCACCUCUUUUAGGAAAACUCACUUCUUUUUUUUUUUUUUUUUUUUUCCAUUAUUUUAUUUUUAUUAUUAUUAUUUUAUAUAAUUCAGAAGAACUGUGCUGUUGUCGUAACUGGUUUUUACUGAUGAACAUGUUGGAUGAAAUUAGUUUUUUUUUUUUUUUUUUUAAUAUUGUUUUUGAUUGUUUGUUUUUUUUCCCAUCCACAUUUCCAGGUCAUCUCAUGUUGGGACUGUAGUAUAAAGUUUUGACGUGCAUCGCAUGAGUGCGUCUGUGUGUGUGUGUGUGUUUGUGCGCGCUCGGACGGAGCCUUAAGCAGUGUAACUCUAUGGGAGGCGUUUUAAUGAAGGUUUUGUGUGCGCCAUGCUUGCCUUGCAAAGCCUUGUGGGUCUUUUCUCUAUUUCUCUCUUUAUUUCUUUUAUUUCUUUGCUUAUUUUUAUUUUUUUUUUAAGCUGAAUGGAGCCCAUGCAAGCUUUGCCACAUUCUGGUUUCUGGCGUCAGAGGAGAUAAACAGUGAUAAACAGUGAUGAAUGACGGGGAAAGCACACUAGAACUUGAGCGGAUAGACCCUAAAUGAUGCUGUACAUGUCUAGAAUGUUAAGCAAACUACCAAUAUACGAAUAAAUACCAUAAAUCAGACAUCAGACCUUAUUAUUAUUAUCAUUAUCAUCUCUCGCUAUAGUGUGAUCUCAGAGUUUGGAAGGUUUCUGGAGCUCGUAGUCCCUGUGGAUGUUUCAUGUAUCAGUAGAGUUUGUGUUUGGAUUGGGGUUUUUAAAUGCGUGUUCAUUUCUCUGUAGAGUUCACUUCCGGAUCGUUCCAUUAAGCUGCUUUGUCCAGCUUCAGUGGGUGCUUUAGGAUUGCCUACAUGUUGGUGUGAGGAGUUCCUGAUUUCACUGAAGUGUUCUGGACGCACAGGGCUUCGCUUCUCCUCAUAUGCAUGAACGCACACCUUUACGGCAAAACUAGCAUCCCGACACGGUUCAGUCUUUUGUGCCAGGCAUCAUAAGAGUACCCCCCCUUCCUCGCCCCGCCCCCUUCUCCCAGUGUGUCGUCUCUAUUGGUUUUGAAUCCACAAAUGGUGAAACAAACAAAAAAAAAAUAACAACCUGUUUUUUUUUGUUGUUGUUUUUUGGUUUUGUUUUUUGUCAUUCUCCUCAGAUUUUUUUGUAAUUUGUUUUUUAAGAAAAGAAAUAAAAAUGUAUCUUGAUUUUAAAAAGUAAA